CGAGCGAAGUGUGCUGGAGGUUUAUGGUAAUUGCGGUUCCCCGACUGGCCUUCUGGGUAAGGUCUGUGAGUGGGAGCGAAUUGCUCUCCGCUCGCAUUCUCCGUUGCACCCGCACGGAGACAGAAGCAGUUGGUAUCUCGAGCUGCUUUGGGCGACAGAAGAGGGAACUGGAACUGACGGAGAAAUACAUAUUUGAAACGUUUGGUCGAGAAACUCAUAGGAAGCGUACACGAUCUCUCAAAAAUAAUUGUGUUUUCUACGCAUUUACGAGGAAAUAGCAGAACUACGAGUUCGGCUACACUUAAAAUCGGCGUGUGUUCGGAUUGAGCUGUUACCCAACAUGGCGCUGCGAGGCAUAACCAGGCUGAAUUAAUUGCUGGAGUCCGAGGACUGUCGCCACCUGCACCCUUGUUACAACGUACAUGGAGCCGUAACUUUGCCUUCGAUCAUAGGAAUAUACUGGUUUGGAUAUUGGAUUCUGAGGAUGUCUAAAAGCCACGUUACUUUUGCGAAUUCCCCCCCCCUGACUGGAAAUACACCGAAACUUCGGAUCGCUACAAAAAAGUAUUCGGACUGGCUUCAGCGAAUGUUAAACAAGAACACGUAUCACUUCAUGUUGUUCUUUUAAUUAAUAAAGAACGAAUCGCUCUUCGUUCAGUCGACCGCUGUCGUUUUGUUCGUGGCGGUGGUCUGAGUUUGGCUGGAAUGUUUGCGCUUCUGUGAAACAGGAUCUUGUCUGGUUUUGAACUGAUCAACUCGGAAAUUUGAAACGGGAGAAAUUAGCGUGAUUUUCAAUAUAGUCUACGAUUGGAUUCUGCACUCCACUGAGAGUUGUAUCGAAGUUUGUCCAGGACGGUACCUGUAAGUUAUGGUGAACUCCAGAAACCCUACCUGGAAAUAAGAAAAGGGACCCACAUCACAAAAAGCAUGGUGGAUGCAAGUGCGGCCUGCAGGAUGAACCCUCUUGCAGCGCUGGCCAUGGACCGGACCAGCCUCAUGAGGGAGAGCCUGCGUGUGCACGGUGGGGUUGUCUACCCAGGGCUCCGAGCCCUGUCUGCUGAAAAACCCAGGGAGAUGGCCAGCAUGCCCAUUGGCUACGACCUGCACUACAAGCCUGACAUGGCGCUGGAGAGCCGGAAGCCUGCCGGGGGCUAUGUCAGCCUUUACAAGAGUCCCAGCCCAGCCCCGGGCCUGCAGAAGCCCCUGCUGGUGCCUGGAGCCGGAGGGGACAACCUGGGGCUGGAACGGCGCAUGGGCACUGCCGAAAAGCAGUCAGAGCUGGGGCUGAACGGUAGCAGUGCCUACUUGCGCCUCCCCUGGGUGAACCCGUACCCUGACGCCGGGAUGUACCCCUUCCUGGACUCCAAAUAUGCUGCCCUCAACAUGUACAAGGCCUCCUUCCUCUCCCAGCCGUCUCCUUACCUGGCCCAGCACCUCCCCUACCAGCCCCUCUGUGGGGCGGCAGGGGGUGGUGGCGCUGGAACGGAGCGUCUGUUCUAUAUGCCCACUUACCCCCCUCCUCCUGCCCCUAUUUCUUCACCCCUGGCUCCUCCCCUGAGAAUCCCCACAGCGACUGUGGCCCCUACAGCCCUCUCUCCUCUGGUGCACUGCCAGGACAAAGGCCUGCAGAGCAUCGGUCCCAGGAUACACCAUGAGCCCUCUGCGUUUGCCCAGCAGCUCCACCAGCAGCCUCCCCAGUCCCUCCACCAGUCCCACAGCGACCGGCAGCACGGCAGCAGCAACAACACCAAAUCUAUCCGCACCCCCUCCACCAAGAGCUCGGGUAGCACCAGUGCUAGCUGCACUAGCAACAGCACAAGCAUGAAUGGGGGUGGCAGCAGUCUCCCGGUGGACUCCACUCCCUCCCUCCUGAUGCAGUCCCCUCGUACUUCAGCGUGCCUGCCUCAGACCCCUGCCCCCCCUCCACCACCCCCUCCUCUGCUGGACGGUUGUUUGGACUUCCAGAAGUCGUUGCUUCGAGGCCCCCCCUCGUCAACAUCCUCCUCCACCUCCCCAUCCAUGACCCACCCUUUCUUUAUGUCUGGCAUGAACCCGGGCCACCCUUCUCCACCACGGCCUGCCGGGCACAGAUCAAAGAUAAAGGAGGGGAGCUCAGAGCCCUGGAGUAGUGGGGGUGAGCGGAAGAUCAGCAGGUCUCCUUCUAAGACCACGCCCGAGAAGCCAGCCCAGCAAGGUUCUUCUAAAGAUCCCGCUGAUAAGCCGCUCGACUUGUCUGCGAAAAUCACAGACUUUGGAGUACCUUCCAAUGGAUUCCCCCCUAAAUUAGAGGCCUUGGCCAAGUUGGGGAACUCCCCCACGGCUCGAUAUGGGCAGCUACCUGGCCGUGACCUCCUGAAAGAGACGCUAUCCCCUCCCUCUAUUGUUAGCACUUCUUCCAAACCCCCAGAGAGGCCUGAGAUUAUAAGCACUUUACACUCUUCCUGGGUGGUGCCUGGCCCUGGCCACACCCAUAACAUGGAGUCUGGUCAGAACCAAGGCACCUCUGUUGUCAAGAUCAAGAACCUGGAUCGCGUAUUGCCCCAGCAGCGUAGCUCCUCCUGCCCCAGGAUUGGGGAAUCUAAUGGGGUCCCUGCUCCCACCCCCACCACUGCCGUAGUGACCCCUACUGGCCGGCCAGCCUCCACCUCCCCUUCCCCAAAACUAAAUGGUGAAUGGGCCAAACCUGGCUCAGUCAUUCCCGAAAAGUUCCCCCAGGCCAGCCAACCCUCCUCUGGGAAGCUGGCCAAGAUACCCAAGAGGCUUGAAACCCAAGAGAUUGCCUACAAACCACCACAGUCGCACCUGGAGAAUGGGCAAACCCCCAGCCACUUGUACCUGCCCCAGAACGACACCUUCCUGCCUCCUUCCAUAGCAUACGCAAACAGGUACCUGCCCUACCCAGACGGAAUGUCCCUUCCUCACAUGCCACUUCCUGGGAAGGGCCCAGUCUACCCCCACCCUGUCCUCCUGGGUAGCGGGGGCCUAUUUCCUGGACGUGUGCCCCCACCAAAGCACGCCCUCCCGUAUGGGUUGUCCUCCAGCCAUGGGGAGUACUUGACAUACCAUGACUCCCAGGAGAUGGUCCAUCCCCUGAUGUCCUCCCAUCUUGGGGCUGGGCUGGAUUCCAAAGUCAGUGAGCGGCUCGAACGGAGGCCCAAACCUCAGGAAAGGCUCCGGCUCCAUGAGGACGCUGUGCCGCACAAGAGCCGCCAAUCAACGGAGACAGCUGACGGAACUCGCAACAAGCCCAACAGGGAGAUGGAGUGGCCUGCAGUCCAGGGAUUUAAGCCCCAAAGUAAGCUGUCUGCUUCUGCUGGGAAGGAGAAGAUCAUCUGUAUUGACCUGAUCCAGGACGAUGUGGAUGGAGGCUCUCCGGCCACAGAACAGAGCUCCCCCUCUGGGAAGAAAGCAGCGCCCGCGAGGCCUAUCGGUGAGGGAGAACCAGAACUAAUGCAGCUCCUCCUUUCCCGCCAAUUGGCUGAACCUGACAAGCAACUAGAGCCCCACGUGGGGCCCCAGGAGCCAGGACUCCAUCAAGACCAUGCCUCCCCUGAGCAUGCCAUUAUCCAGGGUGUGGAGAGUCCCGUCUGUCACAGCCCGCUCCCCGACUUGCUAGAGCAGCAGACCCUGCGCUGUGCUCGAACCUCCGGGGACAGGACCGCUGGAGACAGAAUCUCUGAGCUGACCGACUCCCGACAUGAGCGGCACGGCUUCCAGAACCACACUGAGCUGGUCAAGGAUCUACCUGAUGAUGGGGAGUCCCACGAGGAGGACGAGGACGGCAACCACGGCUCCUCCAAGACCAGGAGGUCCAGCCUUGCUAAGAGGAUCGCAAACUCCUCCGGUUAUGUAGGCGACCGCUUCAAAUGCGUCACCACUGAGCUCUACGCAGACUCCAGCAAGCUGAGCCGGGAACAGCGUGCCCUGCAGAUGGAAGGCUUAUCACAAGAGGACAGUAAUAUAAGUCAACCUGCUGCUAACUGUGAGCGCGCGAUGAUGCGCUUCUCUGAGCUGGAGCUGAAGGAGAAGGAGGGAGGCGGAGGGCCGGCCCGGGAGCUGGCGGAUGGCCAACACGGCCAGGGAGACUGGGACUGCAGCCAGCACAGCACUGUCCCUCCCACCCAGGCAGGGGAUGAUGGUGUGCGGCCCGCCGCUUCGAGUAACAGGGUUCCUGUUCUGCAGCGGUGCGGCGUGCCCGCCUACGAGAGGGACCAUGGGGGGGCCGAGGAGAAGGGGAAAGAAGGAGAGGGAGAGCGGGAGGGAGUGCGGGAGGGAGAGCAAGAGGGAGAGCGAGAGCGGGAGAAGUCGUCCCCGGAGGGUGGGAGCCCCAGCACCACACCCGCCAGGAAACGCACACAGGGCCUGGAGGAGGGCCAGGAGACCCUCGCCGAGCAGGAAGUCCAGGCUAAGAGACCCCGGCUGAGCGUGGAUGUCUGGAGCAAGGGAGACGUGACGCACCCGUCUGAGCGCCUCCUGGAGGAGGUGAAGAACCUGAAGGUGUGCAUCGAGCUGACGGGCCUGAGGCUGCGCAAGCCGCGUCACCUGACUCAGCUGCGCGAGCUGUGGGAGGGCAGCGGCUCCCCCGAUAGGCCAGAGGCGGACCAAGCCCCCGCGCCCCGCUGCCCCACCCCACUCGGCAGGAGCGAGAUGCCUGGAGCCGACGCCCUAGAGGCUGGCGGGGAGCGGAAGGUCAGGGCCGGGUCGCUGGAAGAGAGGACGGCCAAGAGGAGGUCUGAGGUCAACAGGAGCUGGUGCGACGCGGUGCUCUGCAACAGUGACAUCAAACGAGACUUGCCCCUCGCACACAGAGACUGCCCAGACCUGCCCUCGCACGCCGCCCCCGCCCCCGCCCGGCUGUCGGACAAGCGCCAGCGGCUAAAGGAGCACCGGCGGGUUUUGGGGCUGGGCCCGGCCUCCCCUGACUUCAGCCGCGACGGGGACUGCGCUCCCCCGAGGCUGCGGCGGCUCGCCGAGUCAGACAAGCCCAACGGCAAGAGGCAGUGUAAGACCAAGCACAUCAGCCUGAGGGAACGCCGUGCUGCUGCUCACACCACCGAGGACUGCCCCGCCCGAGCACCCGACCCCAGCGCCCUGCACACGGCCAGCCUCAAGCGAACCUCCCGCAAGAGGUCAGCCUCCCUGUCGGAUUACGAGUCGUCCCCCGUGGAGCCACGGCCCCCCUCCUCACCGGCCCCCUGCCCCCCCUGCCCCCCUGCCACUCCCCCGGCCCUACUCCAGACAGCCACCGCCCCUCCCUCACCCCUGUCCGGCGGGAACCCCGCCCCAGACACACCCACCAGCCGGCCCAUGCCCCCCGAGGCCCGGAGGCUGAUCGUCAACAAGAACGCCGGAGAGACUCUGCUACAGCGGGCCGCCCGCCUGGGAUACGAGGAAGUGGUGCUGUACUGCCUGGAAAACAAGGUGUGUGACGUGAAUCACCGUGACAACGCGGGCUACUGCGCCCUUCAUGAGGCCUGUGCCCGCGGCUGGCUGGCCAUCGUGCAGCACCUGGUGGAGCACGGGGCCGACAUCAACUGCAGCGCCCAGGACGGCACCAGGCCCCUUCACGACGCGGUGGAGAAUGACCAUCUGGACGUGGUACGGCUGCUCCUCUCCUACGGAGCCGACCCCACCCUGGCCACCUACUCCGGCCGUGGCCUGCUGAAGAUGACCCACAGCGAACUGAUGGACUGCUUCCUGUCAGAUUACUUCGCUGACCUGCAGGGCCGCGCUGAUGAGGACCCGCGGCUGUGCUGGGAGUUCUAUGGCAGCUCCAUGUGCGAGCCGGCAGACGACCCAUCUGCCUUCGACGUUCUGGCGAGCCCCCCGGGGCCGGCAGAGGGCGAGGAGGAGCAGAGGGAGGUGUUCGAGUUUGAGUUCUCGGACCGGCCGCUCCUGCCCUGCUACAACAUCCAGGUGUCCCUGUCCCAGGGGCCUCGUAACUGGCUGCUGCUGUCGGACGUGCUGAAGAGGCUGAAGAUGUCGGCGCGGGCCUUCCGCUCCGCCUUCACGCACAUCGAGGUGGCCACUAUCGCCGAGGCCGAGUUCUACAAGCAGGCCUCUCUCAGCCAGCUCUUCUCCUGCCCCGACGAGCUGGAGGGCUUCCUGCCCGACAGCAAGGAGCUGCUGGACCUGGUGGAGAUCAGCGGCGAGCUCACCGCCCUGCUGGGCUCCUCGCUCGAGUGCCUGGACGGCCGCUGGGACCCCCUCAGCACAGCGAGGCGAUGACCCGGCCCCGCUCAGACACCCACGUGUACAAAGUGUACAUAACUGAUCGAUGUCGUAGACUGGAGCACAGCUUCCAGCUCUGCUCAGGACGGACUCUUAAUUUAACAUCCUCCUUAUUUUUAUAAAUAUAAAUAUAUGAAUAUAUUCAGAUUUUUUUUUUUUUGUUGCUUUUAUUUUAUAUACGGUCCUAUUUCUUUCCCUUCCCCUUCACACAAAUGUUCAGUUUCCCAUGCCUAACUGGAGAGCUGGGGAAUUGGUCAGAAACAAACAGGCUUUAAAAUGGCUCAAUUUCACAGAAGGCUUUUACACGCAGGACUUUAAUUUUCACUGUGCACCUCAGUUUUAGUUUACAGGCCUGCCCACCUUGGUCAGGUGAAGGAAUAUCGUUUAGAAGCUGAAGUUGUUUUUGAAUGUGGUGUUUGCAGUCUGAGUUUGUUACUCAGAGCUCUAACUUCAGGAGCCUUUGUUCAACCUUGGCUUUUUCUUUUCUCUUAUUUAAUAUGAGAAAUUAAAGAUAUUUUCGUGUGUUUUUGUAAAAUAAUAAAGGUUUUAAGAUACUAAAACAAUAUAAGCCGUUUGGUGCAAAGCGUGCUUGGACUUGUAAAUAAAGGGGGUGUUAUUUGCAGUAACUGUUUCUGAUUGGUGUGUUUAUCGUUUAUGCAGAUGUGUUUAAACUUUGUAAUUAAAGAAUACCCCAUUUGUAUUUAUAUUUUACAAAAAAAAAUCCUUUAAAAAUAAAUGGCAAUAAAAGAGAAUCUUCAA